AUGUACCACGGAGAACUAUUUCUCCAUAUGACCUUAGUCCCAGCGACAAUCCGGGCGCUCUUACGUGGUCCCAACUACGAGGAGUGGUCUAUUAAUAUUCGACAUGCUCUGCGUUCCCGCAAGAAAUUUGGGUUCGUAGACGGCAAGAUUCCGACUCCAGCCCCAGAUUCCGUCGAUUUUGAUGACUGGGAAACGAACAACUCUCUUAUCGUUUCCUGGAUCAAAAACACCUUGGAACCUACGCUACGUUCGGAUGUAGUUCAUCGGGAAUUUGCUAAGGAUUUGUGGGAUUAUCUUAAGCGCCGGUUUGGUAUGACAAGUGCCCCGCGUCUUCUUCGUGUUCGGAGCGACCUAGCAAAUUGCCGACAGAAGGGUAUGACUGUGGAGUCCUAUUUCGGGAAAAUCACUAAGUUGUGGGACGAUCUGGCUACACUCCGAUCUUUGAAGACUUGCCAUUGCGGUCUGUGCGUGUGCAACAUUACCGAGGAAUUCGAGAAACAGAGGCAAGAAGAUCGUUUGUAUGAAUUUCUCUUGGGUCUUGACGAUGAAAAAUUUGGCGUCGUUCGUUCGAACUUGCUGUCCUGGCAACCUCUUCCGACAGUCGAAGAGGCAUAUAUGGUCGUUACUCAAUACGAAGCCUCCAAAGCGUCUGUCGUUUCCUCGAUUCCUCCCUCUGAUAUCGCGGCGUUUGCUGUCUCCACUGCCCCGAAACCUCGUGAUUUGCCUUCUGGAAAGGACAAAUCCGUCGUCUGCUCCAACUGUGGUCGUUCCGGUCAUGCAGUUGACAGCUGCUUUCAGAUUCUGGGUUAUCCAGAAUGGUGGGGCGAUCGUCCCCGUGGUCGUUCGGACAGAGGAGGUCGCGGUGCUCCUAAUCGAGGAAAAAGCUCUGUUCGGGUUAAUUCCGUUCAUACCCCUGUUUCUUCGUCACCGAGUAUUCUCGGUGCGUCGCCGGAACCUGUGGCAUUACCCUCUGAUGCGUCUCCCCUCCCUGGACUGAAUGCAGAGCAGUGGAAGACCCUUGUUUCUCUAGUCAACGCCGGCAAAAUUGGCGCGACAACUACGUCUUCGGGUAUGUCUUCUUCUGUUCCUUGGAUUCUGGACACCGGUGCCUCUCGUCACAUGACAGUUGUUUCUCCGUGUUGCAAGACUCCGUGUGUGUGUCACCGUGCCGCAUUACUCUACCUGACGGUCGUUGUUCAGUUGCUGUUCAGUCCGGAUCUGUUCAGCUCUCUCUACGACUUAUUCUGUCGGAUGUUCUUUUUGUUGACGGCCUUCGCGUCAAUCUCAUCUCGGUGUCACAGUUACUUGCCGAUUGACCGGGUUUCGAAGAUGCUGAUUGGAGCGGGUGAGCUACGGGACGGGCUCUACUACUUUCGAGGGUUUGAACACGCUUUAGCUGUUCGUUCUCAUAACACAGUUUCGUUUGACGUGUGGCAUCGUCGUUUGGGACAUCCUUCGAAAGCGGUCAUUGAGCAGAUUUCCGGGAUUGAGUUUUAUCGACCUGUUGGGUCUUCUCUUGUUGAUUGUGAUGCAGGUUUUCCUAUUGAGUUCUGGGGUGAUUGUGUUCUCACUGCUGGUCAUCUCAUCAAUAGGACUCCCACAAAGUUAAUGUCUGAGCGUUCUCCUUUCGACGUUCUUUAUGGGAAAUCUCCUGCUUAUCAUCAUCUUCGGACGGUAGGGUGCCUCUGUUACUCUCACAACAAGGAUACUCAUGGGGAUAAGUUCGCAUCUCGCAGUGUUCGGUGCGUGUUUGUUGGGUAUCCGGCGGGCAAGAAAGGCUGGCGCCUUUACGACCUCGAUACACGUCGGUUUUUCGUAUCUCGGGAUGUCGUCUUCUUCGAAGAUAAAUUUCCGUUUCUCGAUGUUCCGGUGGCUUCCACUCUUGCUAUUUCGGUUUCACCAGAUUCUUGGCCUGUGUUUACCGACUUCGACGACUCUGUCAUUGUGUCGGUGCCUCCGACACCUCCUGUUCUAGCAACUGUUUCGCCGGAUUCUGAUCUGUGUCAUCCUACUUGUGUUGGUGACGAUUCUGGGUCACCGGAUGCUACGGAUUCGAUCCAGCCCUCCGAGGAUGUUGACGACAGGGGGGGCUCCUUGGUUCACCCAACUGAUGUUGUCCCAGACGAGGAACUGGGUCGUGGCAAAAGAACUCGUUUUCCUUCUACCCGUCUUCACGACUAUGUCACGAACACCGUCCAAGUCUCGCGCUCGUCCCCUGCUCAACCCGACUCUCGUAUUUCAGGUUCGCUGUAUCCUUUCGCCCAUUCUGUUAAUUGUGUUCGAUUUUCUCCUGCUCACCGUGCCUUCUUGGUUGCUGUAACCGACGGGUUCGAACCACGGUCGUAUAAGGAAGCUCUUCGCGACCCUCGGUGGCAAGCAGCUAUGAAAACCGAGAUCGAUGCCCUGACUGGGCGUACAUUCUUGGCUGUCGCUGCGGCUCGGCAUUGGGAGAUUCAUCAGAUGGAUGUCCAUAAUGAUUUCUUACAUGGUGAUCUCAGAGAAGAAGUCUACAUGCGCAUGCCACCUGGUUUCGAAUCUCCGGAACCCGGUAUUGUGUGUCGUCUUCGCAAAUCCUUAUAUGGCUUGCGUCAAGCUCCGAGAUGUUGGUUCGAAAAACUUCGGUCGGCUCUUCAGAAGUACGGGUUUGUUCAGUCCCAAUCGGACCAUUCCCUCUUCACUUUCCGCGACGAUUUGGGUGUCCUCAAAUAUUUUCUCGGUUUGGAGGUUGCUCGGAACAACGACGGGAUUUAUAUUUACCAACGGAAAUACACCAUCGACAUAAUCUCCGAAGCCGGUUUGCUUGGUUGCAAACCUGCUCAGUUUCCAUUAGACCAGAACCACCGUCUCGCUCUCUCCGACAGCCAGUUCUUGUCUGAUCCCGGCAAAAUCCUCGGCAAGAUCAUUGGGACGCUGCACUUCAUGUUGUUCGCUACCUCAAGCGUGAUCCAGGCCAAGGUGUUCUGUUUCGCGCCGAAUGCGAUCUGCGAUUACGUGGAUGGUGCGAUGCCGACUAUGCUGGUUGUCCACUCACUCGUCGAUCUCUGA